AUGGACGCCAACGCCACAGGAGGGGCUGGAGAGGUUGGAGAGUCUCUAUCCGUCCUUGAGUCCAUGACUCUCGAGUAUCACGACAGCUUCAGCAAAAGUGCUGAAAGGGACCCGACAGCAAGAGAAGAGGAAAAGGAGAAGCAACGUCGGCUUUACGGCGGUCUGGCCCGCCCGCGAAUAGGCGACCCGCGAUCGGUCAAUGGCUGGUUGAAUGGCCAUUCAUUCAGAAUGACCCAAAGCACAGUCGCACUGCAGCUUCAGCUCGCGGCCUCGAUCGGUCCAUCGCCUGGAGCCGAGCCGCUUCAGAGAUGGCAGGUUCAUUAUCGUGAGGUCCGGUGGGUUCAGCACGGCGUGGUCAGGCGGUGGUGCCGUUGCAUACCUGCUGAGGUAUGCACAGGCCCGGUCAAGUCGACGACAAGUGACUUUUUCAGCAUCUGCAUUUGUCUCUUCUUCGUCAAUCACGCAAGCACAGACGAAGCCAACGAGGCGCACAUGCUGUUGGUCGGCAGCCGUGGGGAGGAGUGCUGCUGCAUGUGCAGGCAACACCACCAAAAGAACGAGAGGUCAACUUAA